UUGGCUUCGUACCCAUCAGAGGGACACUCAUAUCCUGCUCCUUCGCCAGAGUGAAGAUGUCUCUCCAGGCUCCUCUCCUACCUGCAGUGGUCCUGUCUCUGGUUCUGGUUGUGUUGGCUCUGACAGGGCUGUCCCAUGCCCAGCCCCAGCCCAAGGCUUCUGUCCUGGAUUUCUCAGCCAGCCUGGGUAACCUCCUCCCCAGCCUCAGCCGUCCAGCCAACUCCAGCCGGAUCUUCUACGGGGUAAUGUUUGACGCUGGCAGCACUGGGACACGCAUCCACGUCUAUACCUUCAUACAGAAAGACCCUGAGGAGUUACCAGUGUUGGAUAAUGAGAUGUUCCAUUCCAUCAAGCCUGGUCUGUCAGCAUACGCAGACAUGCCUGAAAUGGGUGGGUACACAGUGAGGCAGCUUCUGAAGGUGGCUAAGAAGACCGUCCCUCGGCUGGAUUGGAAGAGAACCCCACUGGUCCUGAAAGCUACAGCAGGGCUCAGGCUGCUGCCCCCAGAGAAAGCCCAGGGUCUACUGGAACAGGUGCAGGACGUGUUUGAUGAAUCUCCCUUCUUCGUCCCAGAUGACAGCGUCAGCAUAAUGGAUGGUACAAAUGAAGGAAUUUUGGCGUGGGUUACUGUGAACUUUUUGACAGGUCACCUGUAUGCUGAGACCAGGAAGACAGUGGGGAUUCUGGAUCUGGGGGGAGGAUCAACUCAAAUCACUUUUCUACCCAAAUGCAAGAAAACCAUUGAAAGUUCUCCUGCUGACUACAUUGCCAGACUUGACAUGUUCAACUCUACAUAUGAACUGUACACUCACAGCUACCUGGGUAAUGGACUGAUGGCAGCCAGACUGGCAGCCCUAGGAGCACUGGGGGCAGAAGGGUUGGAGUGGAGAGUGUUCAAAAGCUCCUGUCUGCCCAAGAAGUUCAGAGAGGAGUGGAGCUUUGGAGGACUCACCUACACAGUCAGCGGGAUACCUGAUGGUUAUGCGGGAUACAAGCUGUGUUACCAGGAGGUGUUGAAGGUGGUAAAGGGAAUGGUUCACCAUCCCUAUGAGUUGAAAGACACCAGUGUGUUCUAUGCUUUCUCGUACUACUUUGACCGAGCCGUGGAUGCAGGCCUUAUUGACGGGACCCAAGGAGGAAUGCUGGAGGUCAGGGACUUCAAGAAGGGAGCUAAAGAGGUGUGUAACAAGAUGUCUAAGUACCGUCCCGUCAGCCCCUUCCUGUGUAUGGACAUGACCUACAUCACCUGUCUGCUCAAAGAUGGCUUCGGCUUCAAGGAGAACACUGUACUGCAGCUGACUAAGAAGGUGAACAACGUGGAGACAAGCUGGGCUUUAGGUGCCACGUUCAACCACUUCCAGAACCUAAAGAUCCACUGAGAGACAAAGAGCCACAGGGUUGGGUGGGAUCACUGGUUUACAUGGUGCUCAACAAGAAAUGGACUGAUAAGCCUUUGUGUCUUGUUGCGAAUUGUAAUGUCUUAAAGAUAUGCCAAACUUGUAUCUUUGCCUUAUGUUCAACUUGCAAGAUUUCACAUUUGAGAUGGAAUUACAAUUGUUAACUAUUUUGUUACCCAACACGUAUAUGGCUGGUACCAUAGUUCAGUAGGUCUGUUGUUUUCAUGUUGUGACUGGCUGCUAUAUUGUAGGCUUGUAUUAUGUACUUCUCUAUUAAAGCACUGGGGGCUGAAACUCCACAUAGUUGUGUUACUGCAAAUACUGUAUAAAUCUGGAUAUUUUGACCGUCUGAUAUCAGUUGGGUCUGAUCUGUCUUUUCAUAAAAAAAAUUGAAGCUGGUACAGUGGGGAAAAAAGUAUUUAGUCAGCCACCAAUUGUGCAAGUUCUCCCACUUAAAAA